GUCAAAUCCGGCGAAGAUGAUAACAGUAGUAGGCUGGCGUAAAUGUGGCUGGUGUAAGAACACAACAGUUUACAACAGAUAUCCCAUCCCCUUCAUUCUCGAUCGGAAAACGGUUCGGUUACGUACCGCAAAUGUAUUUCUCUUGCUACGAGCAAUGUAGGCUGAUGAAACGGAACAGACGGCAAAACUUCGUAAAACUACACAUUAUUCUACAUGGACAAAGACAAGUUCGCUGUGAGCCAUGACCCAUGCUCUUGGUUGGAGAUGCACCAGUUCAUUGGAGACCUGAUGGUGUCUGGGGGGGCUCUGGGGCUAAAAGACGCCCCACCAGCAGGCCCAGGCUCAGCCCAGCCCAGACAGGUCCAGGCCCAGGCAGAGAGCAUUAGAGAGGCCAGAGACAUCAGUGGACAAGCUCAGCACCAUACCUGCACUUGCCCUGGAUGCCCCUACUCUUCAUCUUCCUCCAUCCAGACCAUAAAGCCCAGCAGCACCUACAACCCAGAGCUCAGUCAGCCCCAGAGUCAGGCAAAGGAUACCAGCACCCAGAGCCCAGCCCCUACCACUCUCACCACCCAGGGUACUUCUUCACCAAGUCCCCUGCCCCAAAUCCCCACCUUCCCUUGUUUCUGCUGCCGCAGGGGCUUCCAGACCUGCACCCAGCUACAGCACCACCAACAGGGGGCAGCAGACUUUCCCUUCUCCCAGACACACACCUACUACCACCACCACUGCCCCCUUACCAUCUGCCUGCCCCACCACCACUCCCACCCUGGCCUGUCCCCUGGCACCUUCCCCUGCCUGUCCUGCCAGCAUUCCUUCCCCUCCUGCUCCCAGCUCUUCCACGAGCAUCAGGGCCACACCCCCCCCCAGAACAAUGUUGGAGGGGUGACCAUAGUGUCCCCUACCCUACACCCAUGCAUGCACUGUCCAGCCUCCUUCCCCCGACCCUCUCAGCUGCUACAGCACCAGCGCACCCAGCACGCUCACAAGGCUGGCGGCUUCCUGUGCACUGAGUGCGGGCGCGCCUUCAACUCCCACUCCAACCUCCGCAUCCACCUCAACGUACACACCGGCGCCCGGCCCUACUCAUGCCCUGACUGCGGCAAGAGUUUCAGCCAGUCGGGAGCUUUGAAGAUCCACCGUCGCAUCCACACUGGGGAGAGACCCUAUACCUGCACCUACUGUGGGAGGGGCUUCCCCCACCUGGCCGGGGUCCGGGCCCACCAAAGGACCCACACAGGUGAGAAGCCCUACCGCUGCACCCAGUGUGAGAAGUGCUUCACCCAGUCGGGGGCACUGAAGAUCCACACAAGGAUCCACACGGGGGAACGACCGUUUGUGUGUAGCCUCUGUGGGAAGGGCUUCUCCAACCGCUCCGGCAUCCGCUUCCACCAGCGCACUGUCCAUGGGAUGGGGUCGGAUAUGGGAGGGGGUGGAGGAGCCGGUGGGUCCCAUAGGGGGAGACAGAGUCUAGGCAGCUCAGCUGCUGUGGGAUGCCCCAGUGCCAAUCCAAACCAGUUACACAACAGCCCCCAUACUGAUGUGACCACCAGCAUUACUCCUGCACCGACAAAAAUCCUUUCCCCAGGGUCUCUCCUUGCUCCUCCAGGAUCAGGUCUGACUGUAACCUCAGACAAAGAGGCCCAGUUCCAGUCUAGCGGUGUGAAGAUCCCCUCCGGAAGAGCAGAACCAGGCAGUAGCAGGGAAGGAAGGGCUCAGCUGUACACCUGUGAGGACUGUGGGCUGCUUUUUGGGGACGCUCCCUCCAGAAACCGACACCAAACUGUAGUGCACUACUCUACAGAAGGGGUAGAGGAGGAGGGCCUGGGGGACACUGGGGGGGAGGGGUGAGAGAGAUGGUAGAUGGAAGCUUGAUGCAGUACAUCGUUGGAUCAAAGGCUAAGGGAGAGGUGGGUGAAAAUGGAAAGGUGAGAAGAGGCAGAAAGCUUGAGACUCAUCGAGGAAAAAUAAUAUGUAAAUGCAUGGUGGUGAAGGGAGGUGAGAAGAAAGUUAAUUCCACAGUGAACAAUAAACACUCUAUCAAUGGGAUAUAUUACUUAUUUGAGAUUGAAUUUCCACUUUAAAAGAUGUACUAAUUUUGGGAGUCCAAUUUUCUGUUUGUCAAAAAGCCAAGUACCAUGAUUAGGCUACUAAAGAUGAUUAUUUGAGA